AUGGUAUGGAUUUUGGAGAACCAGGGCCAAGCCCCAGCCAAGGCCCGUAAUUCGCUGGCCCCGCCUCUCGUUCCGGCUCCGGCCACGCCCCCGUACAGGGCCCCACCUCUCGGCCUCCCCGGGCUCCAGAGCGCACGCGCAGGGCUGGAGCUGGCGCGGCCGUCCCCUCCCCCAACCCUGCCGCGGGAGGGGAACCGGCAGCUGUGGCUGCUGGGGCCGACGGGGUCGGUCGUCGUCAUGGAAUACCCGUGGGAUGAUCUGACCCUGGCCUUCUCCCGCACGUCCAUGUUCCCCUUUUUUGACGUCGCCCACUACCUGGUGUCGGUGAUGGCGCUGAGGCAGCGGCCAGGAGCAGCGGCAGUGGCGUGGAGCAAUCCCGUGUCCAGCUGGAUGAGUGCUAUGCUCCACUGCUUUGGCGGAGGAAUUUUGUCCUGUGUACUGCUUGCAGAGCCUCCAGUGAAGUUCCUUACAAACCACACGAACAUUUUACUGGCUUCUUCAAUCUGGUAAGUUGCCCUUAGGUUGCACUGUGAGGGGUUUUAAGAAUUCUUGUAUAGAUGGGGGUAACACAGCUCCUUUUCCUUCAAGGUUUUUUAAGUCCUUAAGUUCACGCAUGUGCAGUGAAGGAACACAGCAGUGCCCAAGGUUUUAAGUGCAAAUUUACCUCUUGCCCUUUCUCCCCUGUCUUCUCCCAGUGACAAUUGUUCUCACAGGUUUUUGUGGGAACAUUUUAAUGUGAGAGAACAUGAAGUAUUGGUCCAAAUAUUUUAUUUUGUGAAAACAAACUCUAACACAUAGAAUUAUGACAUGAUAA